CGCCGCCGCCGCGGACAGCUGCGCUCGGGUGUGUGAGGCGAUUGUGACCAUGGCUGCUGAAUCUGAUGUUCUGCACUUCCGAUUUGAACAACAAGGCGAUGUCAUCUUGCAGAAAAUGAACCUCUUGAGACAGCAGAAUUUAUUUUGUGACGUGUCAAUUUAUAUUAAUGACACUGAGUUCCAGGGGCACAAGGUGAUUCUAGCUGCUUGCUCAACUUUUAUGAGAGAUCAGUUUUUACUAACACAGUCAAAACAUGUGAGAAUCACCAUCUUACAGAGUGCAGAAGUUGGCAGAAAAUUGCUGCUCUCUUGUUAUACAGGAGCACUUGAAGUUAAGAGGAAAGAGCUUUUGAAAUAUUUGACUGCUGCUAGCUACCUCCAGAUGGUUCACAUUGUGGAAAAGUGUACAGAAGCAUUAUCAAAGUAUUUGGAAAUUGAUCUUUCUAUGAAAAAUAGCAAUCAGCAUUCUGACCUUUGUCAGUCCUCCGAUCUAGAUGUUAAGAAAGAAGACAGUUCGGAUAAAGACUGUGAGAUCAUUGAAAUCUCAGAAGAUAGUCCUGAAAACAUAGAUUUCCACAUUAAGGAAGAGGAAAGCAGUGCUUUGCAGUCUACAAUCGAAAACUUGACACCAGAGAGAAAGGAAACAAAAUCACCAGACUUGUCAUCAAUCGACAUAGGUUUUAAAGACAAUGAAAUUUGUAUCCUCCAUGUGGAAUCCAUUGGUACUCCUGUUGUGGAGAACGAGCCAUUUUCACAACCUUGUACGUCUUCAAAAGCAAGCAUGUAUUUUUCAGAAACACAGCAUUCAUUGAUUAAUUCAACGGUUGAGAGCAGAGUGGCAGAAGUUCCUGGGACACAUGAUCAGGGAUUAUUUUGUGAAAAUACUGAAGUAAGUCAUGGUGCAGUGAAUGAGAUUCAGAAUCUGGAUGAUGCCUAUUCACUGAGACACCAGUGCCCCAGGUGUCCUCGGGGAUUUCUUCAUGUUGAAAACUAUCUGCGUCAUCUUAAGAUGCAUAAACUAUUCUUGUGUUUGCAGUGUGGAAAAACAUUUACACAGAAGAAAAAUCUUAACCGGCACAUUCGUGGGCACAUGGGUAUACGGCCCUUUCAGUGUACAGUGUGCUUGAAGACAUUUACUGCUAAAAGUACACUUCAGGACCACUUGAACAUACACAGUGGAGAUCGGCCAUACAAAUGCCACUGUUGUGACAUGGAUUUCAAGCACAAAUCUGCCCUCAAAAAGCACUUAACUUCUGUUCAUGGUAGAAGCAGUGGGGAGAAACUGCCGAGGCAUGAUCUCCAAACGCAAAACCUACUAUAGUUAGAAUCAUACUUUGCCUUGUAAGCCUUAUCCCUCUGUUAGACAAAUCUUUCUGAAGAAAUGCAGCAUUUGUAAUAUUGCAUUCCCUCCCCCCCAAAUCGUUGGGUCUUGUUAAUUGGUCUGCCUACAUGUUAUUCUUUCUGAACUUCUACCAGUUCUAAAGUUGUGGAGACAAUAGUGGAGCUGAUGGGAUUGGAUUCUGUCUGACUCAUACAUUAUCUAUAAAUCUCAGUGUUAUAUCUAGAGUUGUGUUCCUCUCCUAAAUCUUGAUUCUAAUGACAAGAUCAAGGAUUUUCAUAUUCUGA